AGAGAAAGGGGCAGCAACAAAUUUUAAAAUGCCACCUCAGUCCCCACCCCCUAAAUUCCAGAUCUUCCACGGCCACCGCAGGCCCACACAGAACCGCCCAACCGUCCGCGGCGGCCUCUUCUCCGACCGUGUCUCUCAGCCGAGCCGCAAAUACCCCACCACCGUCACCCAAUCCCAGCCAUUCGAUCUCUCCAAGUGGGACCCACACCUGCCCCAAUCCUCGCCGUCCACUUCAUCGCCCAACCCCGACGACACGACCCUCCUCUCGUUUCUCUCCCCCAUCGCUCGCUUCAUACUCGAUGCUUUCCGCAAGAACCGGAACCGCUGGGGCCCGCCAGUCGUCUCGGAGCUCCGUAAGCUCCGCCGGGUCACGCCGGACCUCGUCGCCGAGGUGCUCAAGGUCCAGAACGACCCCGUUUCGGCCUCCAAGUUCUUCCACUGGGCAGGUAAGCAAAAGGGUUUCAAGCACACUUAUUCUUCAUACAAUGCCUUGGCUUAUUGUCUGAACCGGUCCAACCGGUUCAGGUCGGCGGACCAAGUCCCUGAGCUGAUGGACUCGCAGGGCAAACCGCCGAGCGAGAAACAGUUUGAGAUUCUCAUCAGAAUGCACUCUGAUGCCAAUAGAGGUCUCAGGGUUUAUUAUGUGUACGAAAAAAUGAAGAAAUUUGGGGUUAAACCCAGGGUUUUCUUGUACAAUAGGAUCAUGGAUGCGUUGGCGAAAACGGGUUAUUUGGAUUUGGCCUUAUCGGUUUACGAUGACUUUCGUGAUGAUGGAUUGGUGGAGGAGAGUGUUACUUUCAUGAUCUUGAUAAAGGGUAUGUGUAAAAUGGGAAGAAUUGACGAAAUGUUGCAGCUUUUGGAGAGAAUGAGGGCGAAUUUGUGUAAACCGGACGUGUUUGCAUACACGGCAAUGGUUAAGGUUUUGCUUUCGGAGGGGAACUUAGAUGGAUGUUUGAGGGUUUGGGAGGAAAUGAAGAGAGAUAGGGUUGAGGCUGAUGCUAUGGCAUAUGCAACUCUGGUUACAGGGUUGUGUAAGGGUGGCAGGGUGGAGAAAGGGUACGAAUUGUUUAGGGAGAUGAAGGCGAAGGGUUUCUUGAUUGAUAGAGUGAUAUACGGGGUGUUGAUUGAGGGGUUUGUGGCAGACAGUAAAGUUGGGGUGGCUUGUGAUUUGUUGAAAGAUUUGGUGGAUUCGGGGUAUAGGCCAGAUUUGGGGAUAUAUAAUUCUCUUAUUGAGGGUUUAUGUAAUGUGAAGCGGGUUGAUAAGGCUUAUAAAAUUUUCCGAGUUACUGUUCAAGAGGGUCUUCAGCCAGAUUUCGCUACGGUGAAUCCCAUUUUGGUGUUCUAUGCUGAGACAAGAAAAGUGGAUAAGUUCUGCGAGAUGCUUGCACAGAUGGAGAAAUGUGGUUUUCCUGUCAUUGACAAUCUUUUGAAAUUCUUCUCCUUUAUUGUAGGAAAGGAGGACGGAGUAACAAUGGGUUUGGAAGUGUUUGAAGAGUUAAAAGUCAAAGGUUAUUAUAGUUUAGGAAUCUACAAUACCUUUAUGGAGGCCCUCCACAAAUCUGGGAAAGUGAAAAAAGCAUUGUCUCUCUUUAAUGAAACGAAGGAUGUGGAUUUGCAGCCCGACUCCUCUACUUACAGCAUUGCCAUAAUGUGUUUUGUUGAAGGUGGGGACAUCCAUGAGGCUUGUGCCUGUUAUAAUAAAAUAAUUGAGAUGUCUUGUGUUCCUUCGAUUGCUGCCUACCGUUCGCUUGCUAGAGGGCUUUGUAAAAUUGGAGAGAUUGAUGCAGUUAUGCUGUUAGUUCGUGACUGCUUAGCCAGCGUGACAAGUGGGCCCUCGGAAUUCAAGUAUUCUCUUACCAUUCUCCAUGCAUGUAAAUCAAAUAAUGCUGAGAAGGUGGUUGAGGUGCUAAACGAGAUGAUACAGCAGGGUUGUCCUCCAGAUGAUGUUGUAUACUCUGCUAUAAUCUCUGGCAUGUGUAAGCAUGGCACAAUAGAGGAGGCAAGAAAAAUAUUUUCAAAUUUGAAAGAGCACAAAAUUUUAACAGAAGCCAACAUGAUUGUGUAUGAUGAAGUAUUAAUUGAACACAUGAAGAAGAAGACGGCAGAUCUGGUGGUGUCUGGUUUGAAGUUUUUUGGAUUAGAAAACAAAUUGAAAGCAAAGGGUUGUAAGCUGCUGUUGUGAUGAAACUAUAAAGGCAGGUACGGAAUUCAUUGGUUACUUCGGACUUUCCUUCUGUUGCAAUUCGCUUAUAAUGCAUGAAAUUGUAUCUAGUGGUGAGAACACUACAUUUAAGAUGCAGCUAUGGAGGAGGCACACAUCUUCGGGUUGUGAGGCGUCUUAUUAGCUGGCAUUGCCAAUGAUCACUUUUUGGGUGUCUCGUGAAUAUUCCAACAGCUACAAGUUUGUAGAAAUGCAUACAGCUAAAUAGUAGGAGGGGCUAGUGAACUCUUAUUGAAGCUAGAACUUUUGGUUUGGCAACUUGUGAUUGGGGUUGCUUGGCAAGUGUCUUCUGGCGAGUAUGAUACUGCUGAAUGUGGGUAGCCUGCUUUCUUUGUUUCUCUGCAACUUUCUCGGCUGUGGUCUCAAUGUGUUUUGGAGGUUCAGUGUACAAUUUGGCUCAGAGACCCUGGUAGGGACUCUCUAUGUUGGUUUGCUGGUCGUUGCUUGAAUGGAAGUAUAUUUUCCUAGUGGGAGAUAAACAACUCUUCUGGUAGUAUUCCCUGAUGACAUGGAUGUAUGUUUCUCUCAAGGCAAGCUCCAAAUUCCAAUAUCAAGGAAAUUGGAUGGCAAAGAAGAGAAGCAGUUCCAGAUUGCAGGAGUUGAGGUACUCUGAAUUUUUUAACGAUCGGUCGAAGAUUCCAGAUAUAUAAUGUUCAUAAUCUGUCUAGAGAAAUUGUGACUGGUAUCGUAUUGCCAAUUUCAUGUAGUCGAUCAUAUCAUUGCCUUGCAUGGUUCCUCUUAACCUUCAUCUGGAGGAGAAGCCCUUCCACAACACGCAAAGAAAUCUUUGAGUUUUGACAAUGGAGGUUUAAAUGCGUUGAUUUGAAUUAGGGCCGUCGUCUAAUACUGGGAAGAGAAGUACCUCUAGACCAAUGACUAUGUUAGUAAACCGUCUUACUUGAAUAUGAAACGGUUAUUUUUUCACAA